AUGGACAGUGGUGUUGACAUGCGAGAGACAUCUCACUCAACCUCCUCCUGUUCCUCUCGAGUUGGGGCCUACUCCACUGACUCCUCUUCCACCACACCCUCGUCGAAUGAACGACGCGGAGGAUUAGCUACGACAACUUCGAUCUCGGCCACGGCAACACCUACCACACCUGUAGGCGGUGUGAACGCCCUGAAGUUGUUCAUUGGUCAGAUCCCACGAUUUAUGAAUGAGGCGGACAUAAGACCUAUCUUUGAGGAAUUUGGACCCAUUUCUGACAUCCUCGUAUUAAGGGACAAGCUGACUGGCAUUCACAAAGGCUGUGCAUUCAUCACUUUUUGCAAACGAGACUCCGCAGUACGAUGUCAGGAGACGUUGCACGAGAAGAAGAUCCUUCCAGGCAUGGCUCGACCCCUACAGGUGAAGGCGGCGGACUGCGAACGCAAGUCCGUCCUUUUUGCCAAUAUUAACCCCUCCUGUCCCCUCCUCCCCCACUACUACCGUACCAGCGGGUUCUUUGAGGGAGGGGAAAGGGCCCUUACCCUCCUGAAACAAAAAACUGGUUAG